AUGCGCGCUGGCGCUGCGUCGGUUGCGUUCGAAAGGCCACCGCCUGCCUCCGGAACGAGGACCAUGCCGACGGGCUCCCCGACGCUGCCUGCUCCGAAGCCCGUGACAGAAGACGCUGAAAUCCUUCCUCGCCCCGCAUCGUCGUUUCGCGAGGCCCUGGCGUCUCUGCCUGGCGACGGUGGUCGCCAGGCUCCCGUGCUGUCUGCACCUCUUCUUGUCGAGCCGCCUGUCCCUCUCGCUGCAGCGUCUGAUGUGACUGCUCCGUCUGGCGCUCUUCGAGCUGCCGACCCCGCCGCUCCGUCUGCGGCCGCCGAGCGGGCGGUUGUUGCUGGCGGCGUGACGGCCCAGCCGGAGGGGUCCGCCACCACUGACGUCCAGGGCCAGCCGGCGCUUCCCGCCUCUCCGGCUCCCCCGUCUGCACCGCCUCCGACGCUGGCGCCUCCUCCGCCUGUGCAGGCGGGAUCUGCUCCUGCACUGGCCAUGGCUGUACCUCCCGCGCCUCCUGUGAUUGCGCCCCCUGCACCGUCUGCGGGUGCUCCUCUCGUGCCGCCUGGGGUUGCUCCUAUUGCCCAGCCUGUUGUUGCUCCGCCAGCUCCGCACGUGGCGGGUCUGUCUGCGCCGCCUGUGGCCCCGGUGACGAUGGCUGACCUGCAGCGCGCGGUGUCUGCUGCUGUGCGCGAGGAGCGGAACGGGCAGGCAAGCCAGAGCAACUCCCCGCGUGUUGCUCAGACCCCCGCGGCACCUCCUCCAACUGCACCUCCUGCCCUGGCUGCCCCUCGUCCUCCUGCAAAUGCUCCUCCUCAUGUCCCCGUGACUGCGCAAUAUCCGUCCCUGCUGCCUGUUGAUCCCUUUCCCCCGUCCGCAGGUGCGGCGUACCCGUUCUCGGCCCUACUGGGGCCUCAGCGUCCGGUCGCGGUUCCGGAGGUGACCCUUGGUCAGAUCUGGCGCCUGUCGGAGGCGCUGCGGGUCGUGCAUCUGGUGCAAGUGUAUGGUCAUGCCGCCCUGUCCCAGGGCGACUCACUGGUGGGAGGCCCUCGGGACGAUUGUUUCGCGGCAGCUGAUCGCCUCGCCGAGCUGCUAGCGCCCGUGUUGGCUGCGCCCGCGCCGGGUGGGCUUGCGGGGGUCGGGCCCCUUGGUUCUGCCGUACGUGGGCUGCGGCGGUUGUUGCAUGCAGGGACUGGAUCCGGGGCGAUCGCCGCAGGCACGGUGUUGGUGCGUGAGCUCCAUCGCACGCUGUCAGGGCUGCUUGCUGUGUUUGACGCGGAUCAGGUGUAG